ACCGUUGCGACAAACACAACCGUUGCGACAAACACAACCGUUGCGAUAACUACAGCAGCCACAAUCAAUACAACUACUACCGAAACUCCAGGAACACCAAAAUCGACUUUGUCCUAUCCCAAUCGUCAAGCGAUCGAUGAAUGUGGUAGUAUUUGUUACCCAUAUACUGUACCUGCUAGUACAACUCUAUCUAACUGCACCAUCACAUUCACAGGUAAUCAAGCUGGUGUCUGGUAUGCAGUUGCUAUUCAGGUUGAAGAUUUUAUCGAUGGAACAAGUACCACACCAAUGAGUUCAGUACCAGUUCAAUUUUUGAUUUAUGUUCAAUCACAACCAGCUUGUUCAAAAGAACCUAUAAUUAUACUUCUAGAUCGUUGUCUAGAAGUACAAGUUGGUAUCUCAAUUAGCUUUAAUCUAUCUGCAAUGAAUUUAUGUAAUCAGAGUGUGGCUACACUAAUUGAUAUCGUUGUUUCAAAUGGAAUUACUGGUAUGACUCAUGAUAAUCUCAUACAAUCAUCAACAAAUUCAUCGGUCUACUAUAUGACAUUCACGUGGACACCACAGACAAAUCAAAUUGGA